UUCUUCCUUGUUCUUUCCUGCCGCCAUUAACAAACACAGAUUUCUUAAAUUUUUUCUUCUUAUAAAAUCUAUUAUUUUAAUACAUUAGGUUGCAUAUCUUCCUCAAUUCAAAAUUUAGGUAGGUCCAAACCCAAUUUUUAGGUAUGUCCAUUUAAGAAUUACUAUAUACAUUCUUAAAAACCUUGAAAUCCAACAUAUAUCCGCCCUUGAUUAUUUGCAGUCAACUCGUCGCGAUUAUCACACCGUUCACAAUGCGUAGAACCCUUCAUUGUUUGAGAAAAAAAAAAGCAGCAUAUAAGCUAGUACUUGACAAGAGAAAACACACACCGCCGUUUGAGACUAUGCAUAACCUCAUAAAAACCUCAACCCAAUUUCAACUCCAAUUCCAAUUCCAAGUCCGCCGCCGUCUUUCCGCCGCCGCCUCCACCACCACCAUACCUUGGUUCACCCCACCACCACCAUCAACUCACCAACCAAUUGACCCAUUUCUCACCACACUUUCUCAAGCCAUCACCAACCCAAACUCAAACCCACUUCACAAACUCAUCCCAUCACUCAAACCAUCUCACAUAAUCUCCUUAAUUACCCAAAAUCCAAACUUUUUAUCCCCAAAAACCCUUCUCACUUUCUUCAAAUGGCUUUCAACUCAACACCCUUUUCGCCACACAACCCAUUCUUACUUCACCAUGAUCAAGUUCCUUGCUUUUCAUCAAAUGUUUCAAGAUUCCGAAUCUUUACUCGAUUUCGUUAUUACCCGCAAAGGUAAACACUCUGCACCAUCUGUUUUUCAAGCUUUUCUUGAAACAAAUAGUGUUAAAGAUGAUAAAGAUUGUAGCUUUUUUGUGUUUAAUGCUUUAGUUAAUUGUUAUUUAGAUCAUGGGUUUGUUUCUGAUGCUGUUAACUGUUUUCGGUUAGCGGAAAAAGAAAAUUUUAGUACUAGUUUUGAUUCUUGUGAAAGGGUUGUUGAUUGUUUGAUGAAAGGGAAUGACAAUGUGGGUGCUUUCAGGUUUUAUUUGGAGGUUUUGGGGUUCGGGGUUCGGGCUAAUGUGUAUGUGUUUAAUAAGUUGAUGCAUAGUUUUGUUAAAGAUGGUGAGGUUGAUGGUGCUAAGAUAGUGUUUGAUGAAAUGGUUAAGUGGGGCGUGAGGCCGAGUUUGGUUACUUAUAAUACUUUGUUGAAUGGGUAUUGUAAAGUAGGGAGAAUAGAUGAUGGGUUUAAGUUGAAGAUGGUUAUUGCUAAGAGUGGGCUUGUUGCGGAUGUGUUUACGUAUAGUUUUUUGAUUAACGGGUUGUGUAGAGAAAGUAGGUUAGGCGAUGCGUAUAAGAUGUUUGAUGAGAUGUGUAGAAGGGGUUUGGCGCCGAAUGGUGUUAUUUUUACGACUUUGAUUAAUGGGUUAUGUAGAAAUGGGAAGAUAGAUUUAGGUAUGCAAAUGUAUGGUAAAAUGGUGGUUAGAGGUGUGAAAGCUGAUUUGAUUACUUUUAACACACUUGUUAAUGGUCUUUGCAAGAGUGGUAGAAUUGGUGAAGCUAGGAGAGUAUUUGAUGAAAUGACUCGGGUUGGAUUGAAAGCUGACAAGUUUACUUACACGUCGCUUCUUGAUGGAUGUUGCAAGGAGGGAGAGUUGCAGUCAGCACUUGAAGUUAAGGAGAGAAUGGUCAAUGAAGGUCUUGUUCUUGAUAAUGUGGCAUUCACAGCUCUUAUCUCGGGUUUGUGCAGGGAAGGACUAGUUACUGAUGCAGAAAAGUUAUUGAGGGAAAUGACGAGAAUGGGUUUGAAACCUGACAAUGCUACUUACACCAUGGUCAUUGAUGGGUUCUGCAAAAAGGGUGAUGUUAAGAUGGGUUUUAAGUUGCUUAAGGAGAUGCGUAGGGGUGGACUUGUAGCGGGAAUCAUUACUUACAAUGUGUUGAUGAAUGGUUUAUGUAAGGCUGGGCAAAUGAACAAUGCAAAUAAGCUUUUACGGUCGAUGCUUGAUUUAGGUGUGUUUCCAGAUGACAUUACUUACAAUAUCAUCUUGGAAGGUCAUUGUAAUCAUAGAGAUCCAGAGACUUUUGAGAAAUUACGUAACGAGAAAGGACUUAUCUAUGAUUAUGCUGCUUAUAUGUCAUUGGUAGGAGGGUCUCCUAAAAGCACUACACAUAAUCAAAAGAGAUGAGUAUCUACCUUGGAGUUAGGUACAAAAUAGGCAUCUUAAAUGGCUAGAUUAAAUGAUUCGCUAUGGAGUAUUAUUUACAGCUGAAAUGAAGUUCAAUUCACGUAUUGAAAAUGAGAUUGAAACUUACAACACAUCGGAUUAGAAAGCUUGUCUUAAAGUAAUCUCGUUUUCAUUUUGAUAAUUUGUUUGAUUGACAUGGGUUGCCAUCCCGAGGUAUAUAAAUCAGAAAGAAACAAAGGAAAGAAAGUGGAUCAUUGCCAUCAUCGCAUGUACUAACGCACACAUGGAACUUUGAGAGGCAUUCUUCAAACAGGCGUCAGUAGGCUUCCUAAAUAUGGCAGCAACAUUUUUCGGAAUCUACCUUUCAAGAGCCUAUCAGUGAAAACCAUAUACAUAUUGUUUAGUUUGAAAGGUGGAGCUUUCAGAGUGUUGGCAGUUG